GCAAUGGCCGAAGUACUGUCGGUUACGGCGGAUUCCGUGGCCCGCUGCCAGGCGCGGGCAGCACACAAAGUGCUGAAUCAGGUGGUCCUCCCUGGGGAGGAGCUGGUGCUGCCGGAGCACCACGACGUAGACGGCCUCGGCGGCGCCGGGGAGCAGCAGUUACGUCUCAAUGCGGGGGCGCGCCCGCGGCUGCGCGUCAUUUGUGGCCCGGGUUUGCGACGCUGCGGGGACCGCCUGCUGGUCACCAAGUGUGGACGCCUGCGUCACAAGGAGCCCGGAGGAGGCAGCGGUGGCGUUUACUGGGUGGACUCUCAACAGAAGCGGUAUGUACCGGUGAAAGGAGACCAUGUGAUUGGCAUAGUGAUCGCUAAAUCUGGAGAUAUAUUCAAAGUUGAUGUUGGAGGGAGUGAGCCAGCCUCUCUGUCGUACUUGGCAUUUGAAGGAGCAACUAAAAGAAACAGACCAAAUGUUCAGGUUGGAGAUCUCAUCUAUGGCCAGUGUGUGGUUGCUAAUAAAGACAUGGAACCAGAGAUGGUCUGUAUUGACAGCUGUGGACGGGCCAAUGGAAUGGGGGUGAUUGGACAGGACGGUCUGCUCUUCAAAGUGACUUUGGGCUUAAUUAGAAAGUUAUUAGCUCCAGACUGUGAGAUCGUGCAAGAGCUGGGAAAACUCUAUCCAUUGGAGAUUGUGUUUGGAAUGAAUGGAAGAAUAUGGGUCAAGGCAAAAACCAUUCAGCAGACUUUAAUUUUGGCAAAUGUCUUAGAAGCUUGUGAACACAUGACAACAGAUCAAAGGAGACAAAUCUUUGCCAGAUUGGCAGAGAGUUGACAGAGCACUUUUAAUGGCUCAUUUUAGUCAAGACUGUUUCCUGGGGAAAUCUUUUUUUCAGAUGAAUCGCUUCCUGUCAGAUCUUUAGAAGAUGCAUAUUGUCUUACUAGAAUCCAAUAAAAUAUUUUUCUAAGA